AUGAAUGACCUCAGUAAAGAUCUUCUCGAGAAUUUCUUUAAAAAAGUGUCCAGAUCUUUCUUUGAACAGUAUGGGCUCAUCAGCCAUCAAAUCAAUUCAUAUAAUCAAUUUAUCGACAAUGGAGUUCAGAAUGUCUUUGAUUCGAUAGGGGAGAUUACGGUGGAGCCAGGUUAUGAUCCGUCAAAGAAGGGUACAGGUGAUUGGAGAUAUGCUUCCGUUAAGUUUGGGAAGGUCACACUUGAUCCCCCUUACUUUUGGACUGGCGAAAAGUCCUCUGACACGAUAAAAGAGUUCUCGGAUCUGCUUCCAAGGCAUGCUCGACUAAAGAACAUGACCUAUUCGGCUCGUCUGAAAGUACAAGUUCAUGUGGAGAUAUACACCAAGCGUAUGGUCAGUAGCGACAAAUUUAAGACUGGGAAAGAGCAGCACCUGGAGAAUCAUAUUGAAUCCAAACAAGUCAAAGAAGUUAUUUUUGGACGGAUUCCUGUUAUGGUCAAGUCCAAAUUAUGUAAGAUGAGUAGAGCUGAGAAAGGUGAUUGUGAUUUUGACCAUGGGGGUUACUUCAUCAUCAAAGGUGCUGAGAAGAUCUUCAUUGCCCAGGAGCAACAAUAUCUGAAUAGACUUUGGGUGUCAUCUGAUCCUGUUUGGACUGUGGCAUUCCGUGAAAUUUCAAAGAGGAGAAGAGUUUUUAUUAAACUCGUUAAAGCUCCUCUAAUUGAACACAUUAAAGAAGGACCAAUUGUCCUCGUGGUAUACUUCUGUGGGACUGAGAUUCCCAUCUGGAUCUUGUUCUUUGCCCUUGGUGUUUCAUCUGAUAAAGAGGUGGUGGAACUGAUUGACUGCAAUAUUGAGGAUAAACGCAUAAGCAACAUUCUUCUGAAAUCUAUUUACGAGGCAGACAGAAAGUGCGAUGGUUUUCGAAGGGAGGGAAGUGCUUUAACUUAUGUUGACAAUCAGAUUAAAAAGGUGAAAUUUCCACCUAAAGAGGUUAUGGAUGAGAUCCUUAACAAUUAUCUAUUUCCUAACCUACAUGGAUUGAAGCAAAAAUCUCGGUUCCUCGGAUACAUGGUGAAGUGUCUGUUGCAGGCCUAUACUGGUCUCAGGAAAGUUGACAACCCAGAUGAUUUUAGAAAUAAGAGGUUAGUACUAUCUGGAGAACUGCUUGAACAAGAACUCAGAGUGCAUGUUAAACAUGCUGAGAGGCGUAUGGUGAAGUUAAUGCAGAGACAUCUUUAUGAAGACAGUACAUUUCGUUCUGUUGAUUGCUAUCUGGAUGCCUCUGUUAUUACGAAUGGUAUCAACAGGGCUUUUACAACUGGAACAUGGACACAUCCCUACAAGAGAAUGGAAAGAAUAACAGGGGUAGUUGCAACAUUGAGGCGCACAAAUCCUUUGCAGACAAUGUCUGAUAUGAGGAAAACGAGACGUCCACUUUUAAAUACAAGGGUGGUUGAUGACGCCAGAUUUCCGCAUCCUUCUUAUUGGGGAAAACUUUGCUUUUUGUCUACCCCAGAUGGUGAAAAAUGUGGGCUUGUAAAGAAUCUGGCUAUUACUGGACUAGUCAGCACAAAUAUGACUGAACCACUUGAAAGGAUGUUGUAUGAUUGUGGUCUUGAGAAACUGAUAUUAGAGACCUCAAUCACACUUUCUGGAAAAUACAAAGUUUUCCUCAAUGGAAACUGGGUUGGAGUUUGUAAAGAUUCUGUUUCGUUUACAGAAAAUGUCAGGUCUAGAAGGCGUGUGAAUGAAGCGUUACAUCAGGUGGAAAUUAAAAGGGAUGAAAAACAUGGUGAAGUACGCAUAUUUACCGAUGCAGGAAGAAUUAUACGUCCCCUCAUGGUUGUUAAGAACUUAAGAAAAAUUAAAGAUUUACAAAAUAUGGAUCAGAGUUUUCAGUAUCUUCUCGAUAAUGGUAUAGUUGAACUUAUUGGACCCGAAGAAGAAGAAGAUUGCCAAACUGCUUUGGGGAUCAAGUACCUGUUCAUGGAAGAUAAGGGCAUUCGAUGUCCAUCAACUUACACUCACUGUGAGCUCGAUGCAUCCUUUUUAUUGAGUUUGAGUUGUGCUCUAAUUCCUUUUGCAAAUCAUGAUCAUGCAAGGAGAGUUCUGUAUCAGUCUGAAAAGCAUUCUCAACAAGCCAUUGGUUUUUCUACAACAAAUCCAAAUAUAAGAACAGAUACCAAUUCUCAUCAACUCUACUAUCCUCAGAAGCCACUUUUCCGAACCAUGCUUUCUGAUUGUCUUGGAAAGCCAGGUCAUCCUCUAAGUGACAACGGAAUUGUGUCAAGGCCAGAAUUUUUCAAUGGACAAUGUGCUAUCGUUUCUAUUAACGUCCAUCUCGGGUACAAUCAAGAGGAUUCAAUUGUGAUGAAUCGAACUUCUUUGGAGCGUGGAAUGUUCCGUUCAGAACACUUCAGAAGUUACAAGACUGAUAUUGAAAACCGGGCAUUGGCUGGAAAGAAACCGAAUUCCGGUGAUUUGGUGAAAUUCGGAAAGAAAGAAAGCAAAGUUGGGUCUGUUGAUUGCCUUGACAAUGAUGGGUUCCCUUUUAUUGGAGCUAAUAUGCAAAGUGGUGAUAUUAUCAUAGGGAAAGUUGCUGAAUCUGGUGCUGAUCAUAGUAUACAGCUUAAGCAUACUGAAAAGGGUAGGGUUCAAAAAGUUGUUUUAUCUGGAAAUGAUGAACGAAAAAGUUUUGCAACAGUAUCUCUCAGACAGGUUCGAACUCCAUGUGUUGGAGACAAAUUCUCCAGCAUGCAUGGGCAAAAGGGUGUUGUAGGAUUUCUCGAGUCUCAAGAAAAUUUGCCCUUCACAAUUCAAGGAAUCGUCCCGGACAUCAUCAUAAACCCUCAUGCGUUUCCAUCUCGUCAAACUCCUGGUCAAAUUUUGGAGUCUGCUUUGGCGAAAGGAAUCGCCUUGGGUGGCCAGUUUCGUUACGCCACUCCUUUUACAACUCCUGACGUUGAUACUAUAGCCGAGCAACUGCACAGGGCGGGAUUUUCGAGGUGGGGAGGAGAAAGUGUAUACGAUGGUCGUAAUGGUUUAAAAAUAAAGUCACUCAUAUUCAUGGGACCAACAAUGUACCAACGUUUAGUCCACAUGGCGGAAGACAAAAUGAAAUACCGCAACGAAGGGCCAGUCCAUCAAGUAACGCGACAACCAGUCUCAGAUCGAAAGCGAUUUGGAGGCAUAAAACUGGGAGAGAUGGAACGAGACUGUCUAAUAGCCCACGGUGCAUCGGGUAAUGUUCAUGAGCGUUUAUUCACUUUGAGCGAUCCCUCGGAAAUGCAUGUUUGCGAGAAGUGCACGAACAUGGCGAAUGUGAUUGAGCUGGUGGCUAAUGGAAAAAAGAGGAGGGGACCUUAUUGUAGGUUUUGCAAGUCGGCUGAAAGUAUUGUGAAGGUAAAGGUACCCUAUGGGGCUAAGUUAUUGAGCCAGGAAUUGUUUGCUAUGGGGAUUUCUCUCAAGUAUGAAACUGAGCGUUGUUAG